GGAGAAGUUUAUCCUUAUCCAGGCGAUUGCACGAGAUACCAGCACUGUGACGGUAGUGGUUGUUUCGUUUUGCAAUGUGGCACAGGGACGGAAUUUAACCCAAAUAUUGGUACCUGCGAUUAUCCCCUUCAAAAUCGUCAAGAUUGUAUGAAUCGCCAGGUUGGAUAGAUAUGAAAGCAUUUCUAAAAGAUUGUGAAGAAGUGAAAAGAUUUAACGAACUGGAGUAAUUAAAUAAAAUUCUUUUCAAAUUUAUACUAUUAA